AUGAUGUCCCACCACCGUGGCCCACCUCACCACGGCGAACACCACCACGGCGAACACCACCACAGUGAACACCACCACAGUGAACACCACCACGGCGAACACCACCACGGUGAACACCACCACGGCGAACACCACCACGGCGAACACCACCACGGUGAGCACCACCAUGGCGAGCACCAGCACGGCGUACAUCCUCAUGAUUACCCCCACCGAGAUCACCACCGUGGGGAGUACCGUCAUGGAAGCUCCCAACUCUUUGGCUCAUACACGCCCCACACCGUGACCUUGGGCUCCCUCGGCUCUGCCUGUUCUCGUCCAGCAGUCUUCCAACCCAGCAAGCCAGACCGAAAGACCUCAGCCUUCAGCUUGGCUCAUUCCCUUAGUACAGUGAACUCGCACCCCUCCGAGACCUCCAACAAAGUCUAUCCUCAGGACUCCUCCUCUAAGACCUCGGAAAGCUGCCCUGAAGAAGACGAGCACGUUCAGAAGCGCAAAGUUGGCCGAGCCCCACGGGCCCACAAGAAGGUGCACUCUUCGGACUUCUUGUAUUGGUUGUGGGAAAAAUUAAGCCAUCUUAUUUGGGGCCUUCGGAGAAUGCUUAGGAAACUGGUUGACUCCCUGGCCCUUGAAACCUUCAUCAUCUUCAUCGUCUGCCUCAACACCAUCAUGCUUGUGGCUCAGACCUUCGCUGAAGUCGAGAUCCGGGGCGAGUGGUACUUCACGGCCUUGGACUACAUCUUCCUCUCCAUCUACGUGGUGGAAGCUGUGCUCAAAAUCAUUGCUCUCGGCCUCGCGUAUUUUUUGGACCCCUGGAACAACCUGGAUUUCUUCAUCAUGGUAAUGGGUGUGGUGGACUUCACGCUCAUACAGGUCAACUCUUCCUCCACGCGUGCGAUCCACAACCAAAGCGUCUUCCGCAUCUUCAAGGUGUUUAAGACCCUGCGAGCCCUGCGCGCGAUCCGAGUCCUUCGGAGGCUCAGAUUCCUGACCAACCUCCAGGAAGUGACCGGAACCCUGGCCCGGUCCCUGCCGUCCAUCACUGCCAUCCUCAUCCUCAUGUUUACCUGCCUCUUCCUGUUCUCUGUGGUGCUCCGGGCACUGUUCCGCCACUCUGAUCCCAAACGCUUCCAGAACAUCUUCACCACCAUCUUCACCCUCUUCACCAUGCUCACCCUGGACGACUGGUCCCUCAUCUACCUGGACAGCCGGGCCCACGGCGCCUGGUACAUCAUCCCCAUUCUCAUGAUCUAUAUCAUCAUCCAGUACUUCAUUUUCCUCAACCUGGUGAUUGCUGUCCUGGUGGAUAACUUCCAGAUGGCGCUGCUCAAAGGCCUGGAGAAAGUGAAGCAGGAGGCGGCUGAGCUCCAUGAAGAGCUGCUGGAUGACUCAGUGACAAAGCUCAUGGAAGCAGAGCCUAAAGAGGUGCUAAGUGAACACACUAUACAGAAGCAGCUCAUUGAGAAAAAAUUUGGAGCCCUGACUGAGAAGCAGCUGGAGACCCUGUUCCACUUCCUGCAGCUGGUGGCUGGCGUGGAGCAUUACCAGCUGAAAUUCCGCUCCCAGGCUGCUGUCAUCGAUGAGAUUGUGGACACCACAUUUGAGGCUGGAGAAGAGGACUUCAGAAAGUGACCCCCAGAGAGGCAGCCUGGGUCCAGACUUCAGCCUCUGGCUGGCUGUCCACCGACUCCGGCCAAGUCCCC